GACAGCAACCUGCACUGGCCGUGUACCAAUUGAUCCAAGACUACUCCAGCGACGCCUUCUGGCAAGGCUUCGACUUCUUCACCGACCCGGAUCCGACCGAUGCCCUGGUACAAUUCCAAUCUCUGGAGCAGGCGAAUGCAACAGGCAUAGCAGGAUUCAUAGAAGGAGGAAAUGCAUCUUUCGCCAUCUACAUGGGUGUGGACACUGAAAAUGUCGCUCCGCAGGGUCGAGCCAGUGUAGGCGUCUCAUCGUCACAAUCUUUCCAGCAUGCUUUGGUCAUCGCCGAUAUUGUUCACAUGCCCGGGGGCGUCUGUGGUAGCUGGCCUGCAUUUUGGAUGGUGGGCGCAAACUGGCCGAAUAACGGAGAAAUCGACAUUGUCGAGGGAGUCAAUGAUCAACCGACCAACUCCAUGACAUUGCAUACCGGACAAGGUGCAGUGGUCAGCAAUGGCACCGACUUCUCGGGUGAACUGAUUACAUCCAACUGCGACGCCGGGGGAGGUGUGCUUGCAACUGAGUGGACGGCGGAUUUCAUCAAAAUAUGGUUCUUCCCGCGAGGCACCUUCCCCGAUGACAUUGUCAGCAGUAAUCCAACCCCGUCUGAAAACUGGGGUACCCGAAACUCGCUGUUCCAAGGAUCAUUCAAUCUCGACGAUCAUUUCAACAAUCUCCAGAUCGUGUUCGACACGACCUUCUGCGGGCAG